CAUCAAGUUGUCUCUUCAGCUGCGCGCCUACGACCCCGGCAUUCUACAGCGCGAUGGCGGAGGGAGGCGGACCCGACUCGGGUAACGCGGCAGACGCCGAUGGAGAGCCGGUGCCGGCCCAGCAGACAACUGCACCUACAACCGAAUGUCAAAAGCAGACCAUCGGGACACUACUGAAAACCACACUCCGAAAGGGAGAUGAGUGGUAUUUGAUCGACAGCCGAUGGUUUAAACAAUGGAAGAAAUAUGUGGGGUUCGACAGUUGGGAUAUGUACAAUGUUGGCGAGCACACCCUUUACCCAGGACCAAUAGACAACUCUGGACUUUUCUCAGAUUUCGACACCCAGACGUUAAAAGAGCACCUCAUCGAUGAGCUGGAUUAUGUCCUGGUGCCCACUGAGGCCUGGACCAAGCUCCUCAGCUGGUAUGGCUGCCUGGAGGGCCAGAAGUCCAUCGUCAGAAAGGUGGUGGAGCAUGGCAUGUUUGUCAAGCACUGUAAGGUGGAGGUCUAUCUACUGGAGCUGAAGCUGUGUGAGAACGACAACAUGGACAAUGUGGUUACGAAACAUUUUAGCAAAGCCGAUACAAUUGAGACAAUUGAAAAGGAAAUGAGGACACUGUUUAAAAUCCCCACGGAAACGGAGACCCGACUAUGGAACAAAUACAUGAGCAACACCUACGAGCAGUUGAACAAGCCUGACAGCACGGUGCAGGACGCUGGGCUCUUCCAGGGUCAGGUGCUGGUGAUCGAGCGCAAGAAUGAGGACGGUACCUGGCCCAGACAGAACGACCACCUUAAGUCUAGCACACCCACAUCUAGAAAUUUCACUACCUCCCCCAAGCUUUUUGGCAACUCGUCUGCAACAAUAUCGUCAACGGUCACCAAUGGCGACAGCAGUUCAGGCUACAUGCUCAACAACAGCAGCGCCUCCUCUGGAAACCGGUUGGGAGGGUAUAACUCAUACAGUUCAGGCUACGGCUACAGGGAGUCGGCGUCUCAGCCCGGCCUGUGUGGACUCAGUAACCUGGGCAACACAUGCUUCAUGAACUCUGCUCUCCAGUGCCUGAGCAACGCGUCGCCCCUGACAAACUACUUCCUGAACGACCAGUACGAGGUGGAGAUCAACCGUGAGAACCCCCUGGGCAUGCGGGGGGAGAUAGCCGAGGCCUACGCCGACCUGGUCAAGCAGAUGUGGCUCAGCCGGAGCAGCUACGUCGCUCCCCGCACUUUCAAAACGCAGGUGGGCCGCUUUGCGCCCCAGUUCUCAGGGUACCAGCAGCAGGACUCCCAGGAGCUGCUGGCCUUCCUGCUGGACGGCCUCCACGAGGACCUCAACCGCGUCAAGAAGAAGCCUUACCUCACCCUGAGGGACGCAGAGGGACGACCCGACGAGAUUGUAGCGAAGGAGGCGUGGACGAACCACCGGUUGCGUAACGACUCCAUCAUCGUGGACAUCUUCCAUGGCCUCUUCAAGUCCACGCUGGUGUGCCCCGAGUGCUCCAAGGUCUCGGUGACCUUUGACCCCUUCUGCUACCUCACGCUGCCGCUGCCCAUGAAGAAGGACCGCACCAUGGAGGUCUUCAUGGUCCGCUCCGACCCCCAGAGCAAGCCCACACAGUACAGGGUGGUGGUGCCUAAGCUGGGGCUGGUGUCAGACCUGUGCAGUGCCCUCUCCAAGCUCUGUGGAGUCCCCGCAGAAAAUAUGGUGGUGGCAGACGUUUACAACCAUCGCUUCCACAAGGUGUACCGGAGAGAAGACGGCCUCAACCAUAUCAUGGAGAAAGACGACAUAUUUGUGUAUGAGGUGGAGGAGGAGGACAGUGAGAAGAUGAAUCUGCCCGUCUACUUCAGAGAGCGGCACUAUAAGCAGGGGGGAGGCUACUCCUCCGGCACCCUCCUCUUCGGCCAGCCCCUCCUCAUCACCGUACCCCGACACAACCUCUCCAUAGACACACUCUACCAGAAGGUCCUCGAACGCAUCGGGCGCUAUGUGAAGCGCUCUCAGCUGUCCGUCGUUGAGAACCGGCCCACAGCCUCGGCCACCGCCUCCAGUAGCUCCGCCCACAACUCAGAAUGCUCCGCCUCGGCGUCCGCCUCUGCAUCUGCCUCGUCCAAUCACAACGCGGGGGUGAGCGGUGGCUACACCAGCCCCCAGUCAGAGGGGGCGUCAUGGAGCGCAGGCUCCAGCAACGGCAGCAGCAGCCACUCCGAGCCCUUCAACGGCCCCAACGGAGACUGCCAUGCGGCUGAGGAGGAGGAGCCCAUGGACCACCAGGUCAGCCCCGAGCCGGAGAACAGCCAACCAGAGACGGCGGACGGCGAGGAGGAAGGCUCAGACCAGGAGAGCGAGGCCAAUGGGAACGGAGAGAGGGCAGGCAGAGCGCCGCGCGAUAGACUCUUCUCCUUCAGCAUGGUCAACUCGUACGGCACGGCCAACAUCAGCCCCCUGCCGUGCGACGGAAACAUCCUCAAACUCACAACACAUUCCACAGUGGCCAUAGACUGGGAUUCGGACAUCAAGAAGAUGUGCUAUGACGACCAAGAGGCAGAGGCGUAUGAUAAGCAUGAGAGCAUGGUGCAGGCCCAGAAGAAGAGGUCCACUGUAGCGCUGAGGGACUGCAUCGAGCUCUUCACCACCAUGGAGACACUCGGAGAACACGACCCCUGGUACUGUCCGACCUGUAAGAAGCACCAGCAGGCCACUAAGAAGUUUGACCUGUGGUCGCUGCCCGGCAUCCUGGUGGUGCACCUCAAGCGCUUCUCCUACAACCGCUGCUGGAGAGACAAGCUGGACACAGUGGUCGACUUCCCCAUCAAGAACUUGGACAUGUCGGAGUUUGUGUGCGAUCCGAAAGCUGGGCCCUACGUCUAUGAUCUGGUGGCCGUCUCCAACCAUUAUGGUGGCAUGGGUGGAGGACACUACACGGCCUUCGGGAAGAACAAGGUGGACGGGAAGUGGUAUUACUUUGACGACAGCAGCGUGUCCGCCUCUUCUGAAGACCAGAUCAUUACUAAGGCUGCGUAUGUGCUGUUCUACCAGCGGCGUGAGGAGGGCAGUGGCAGCCCCUCGAAGUCAUCUCCAUCUGCAUCCCAGGGGGCCCAGGACAGCCCUGAGGACACCAUGGACACCAACUAAAGGACACUUUAGCCCAGCUUUAGGGGAGCACACAUACUCCAAUGAACCAACCACCAACAACAACAAAAACAAAAAAGCUGGAUGAUAAACAUUUGACAUUGAAAACACAAAAUGAGUGAAAUCAAGACGUGACAGAUAAACACCACACAACCACCCAGAGGCCACUUCACACAGGGCCUGCGUUUUUUUUUCUUUUUAAGACUUUAAAAUAUAUAGGCCCAUGUCAUACUGCGCUAUUUUUCAACUCUCUCACCUACAUCACCACCAAGAGCCUGUGACAUCCAAAAAAAAAGACAAACACACAAACUCACGCAUACACAGUUUGGUGUGUCUGUGACAUAAAGACUUUGAAGAGCUUGCCGCCUGCUCUCUGGAUUAAUUAUAGUUUAUCGAAUUGUAAAAGCAUAAGAAAAAAUAAAGAAGGGUGAUUUAUGCAUAAGACGAUACAACCUUUGUCUGGACGAACAUGAAUGUGUAGAAGCUGCCUCAAAUAGAUCAACACGAUAUGGUUGGUCACCCUUUAGGAAGGAUAAGUGGGAAGAGGAGGGAAAGGUGGUGAUAAAGAAGCCAAAUGUAUAAUAUUUUUUUUUGUCUCAACCAAAGCAUGGCAAGUGGCAUGGUGUGAUGGAGAUGGGCUUGCUGAGUGGCGUGAUGGCGGUGUUGAUGGAAGUGACCUAGUUGAAGCUCUCGGUUUUCACUGUAGACUAGAGAUGACGUUUAUGCAAAAACUCCAAAAUAUUCCUAAAUGGCUUUCUGCACUUGAUCUAAGACCCCUGCUCCUCUGAAUGACCGCAGUCUAUUUGGAGACAACCCCCCCAUGCGCACACACACACACACACACACACACACACACACCGUCACCCCUUCCCCCCAAAACAGAGUUGUGCUGCAGGUAGCGUUUCCUGUACGUUUUUGUUUGCAAAUUUCCAUCUUCAUAUUUUGGUGCUUUUGUAAGAGGAAACGAGGCUGUUGAUCUGAUUUUCUCCAUGAGGAGGGGCAAAAAGAGAACGUGGUUUGUGGGUUGGUUACGCUGGUCUCUUCUGCUUUUUUUGCAAGGGAGUUUUUUAGUGGACUGCUGAACAAGUUUUAAAAACUAAAAAAAAUAAUCUGUGCUGCUCGGACACUAAACCCAUAGCACCAGCGGCCUUGGAAGCCCCGUCGACCUGUUAAUGAGGUCAGGGGCAUGUGUGAGUGCUUUUAGCUUUUAUUUGAAGAAGAGGAUGAUUAUGUAUCACAUGAAAUUUAUGAAUAAGUAAAUGACUAUUUUUGUUUGCUUUGUGGGAUGGAUGGGGGGGGUUGGUUGUUGGCGUUGUUUCAAUUUACGUCUUCACUUGAUUGAGAGAAAGGUGGUUAAUCCCUUCAUCCGAAAAUAAAUAAAUAAAAUCACCUGCCUCUUCACAGGAAAAGACUUGACUUUGACACUUGGCAGUUAUGACAGCUGUCAUACGUAAAGCACACCUUAUUCGUUCAAUAAGUCGGGUUGGGCCGAAUUUCUUUGAAGUGGUGCUAAAUUGACUUUGAGACUUGAAAAUAGUUUUUUGACCAAGAAAAGGCUCAUGUCUGCAGCCAUUUGUCUUGUCCAGAAGAUGCACAAAGUGCACUAGGCUCCUAAUACCAAGACUGGUUGGAGAGCAUCAAUAAUUUUACACAGCAGUUUAUUAGUAGUACAAUGACAUACUUUUUUGGAAGAUUUUUUUAAAAGAAUUUUGUGUUUACCAUUUUUUGCUCCAUAUGUAGGAAGCUACUAAAUUGUUGUUGGGUGCAGUUUUUGCUUCCCAUUUUUUUUUCCUCCCUUGGUAAUUCACAAAACAAAUGCUGAUCUUUUUUUACCCAUGGUAAGUUCCACUGUGAGAAAUCUGCCCAGACGUGACCUAACUGUUGAUAUUGAUGAAGAGACAAAAUGCUUUACAUUGCAUAAAACACAUCCCCAUUGCAACGUAUGCAGUGGCAGACGCAUAGCCAAGGCAAAAGUCAUGUUUUGUGUGUAAUAGACUGGAUUAUUUUCUCUUAUUACCUCUGCGAUAUGAACACUUUCAAGUGUUUUCUUGUCCACUUGGAUAGAUGUACAUAAUUAUGCUGUAUUUACAAAAUAGCAACAUCACUUUGUUCUGGUAUUUAUCAUAUUGCCAAUAUCUGCAAUAUCAGAUUUUCGAUUACAUUGAAUUGAAAGCUCAAUAAAGAAUGGAAGCCUGUG